AUGGUGGAUUCUACGACUGAUAAUUUCUCCACUACGAUUUACUCACAACAGCGACAUCGGCAUAAAAAUUAUCAUCAUCGACAGGAACAGCAAUACCAAUCGUCGUUGGCAUUACCCAAUUUACCAUCACUACCAGCAUCAUCCCUAUCCUCUUUACCUUCUCUAUCCUCGUCAUCAUCACUACCUUCAUCAUCAUCAUCAUUAUCACUACCAUCAUCACCUCCGAUCUCGCGUGAAUACAAGGAUCGAAACUACAAGUACUGGAGCAAGGAUGAAUUGGAACGCCUACUAAGCUGGCUCUGUAUACCAAACAAUCGACUUCAACUCUCCUUGAACAAAUCAAGUACAUGCCGACAAGCUGCACGCGAAUUAUUCCAAGGUGAUGAAAUACUUGCCUCCUCUAUCCGAUCGAAGAUCAAUAACUUGGAAAAAUGCUAUCGAAAGGCGCAGAAACUCCAUAAAACGCUCAAGCAAUAUAGUUGUAAAGAUGGUGAAAUGGACAACGAUAUGAUUGAUGCAAGGAUUUACAAUACCUGUAAAUAUUAUCAUCAAUGCCGUUUGAUUUUUGGUACUAGCGCAACUACAUUAUCACCUCCAGCUUCUCCUUUAUCUUUUGAUCUAAGAUACACAUCAUUAUUGCCAGCACUUGGAAAACGUAGUACAAAUUCACUUGAUGCUGAACCUUUGGAUGAUGAUGAAGAUAUGGAUGAUGGUGACGACAAUGAUGAAGAGCGUAGAAAGAAAUCUGAUGAAGGGGAAGAUGAUGAUGGCUUUGGUAGACGGGAAAAAAAGGCACGAUCCAUCACUGACAUGGAUCAGCAUAUCCACUUACGACUCAGUCAAUAUGCGCUCGAACAAGCUAGCUUCAGGACAAAACAAGCCAAAUGGGAAUCAAUCAAGGCCAAGCAAGAUACCCUUAGGAUAGAAGAACAAAUUAGAUUAGUUCUUAUAGAUAAAGAACGUGAUUUAUUAGCUAUUGAAAAACUAAAAUUAGAAUUGGAAAUUGCUCGACUCAAUAAACAAUAA